AUGGGGGAGACGCUGUCAUGCUGGAACCCGGGAGAUGCCCAGGAGACGCUGCAGGAGGCAGACUUGCGCGUGCCCUGGUCGCGGAUCCGAGGAGUGGAGAAGGAGGAAGAGCCGCCUCGCUUCGUGCUCCGCGUGCUGUUUGAGGGUGAGAAGGGGAUGGGAGAGCUCGUGCUCGGAAGCAGGAGCGAGCGAGAGAUCGACGUCGCCAUGCAGACGAUCAGCGAGAGGACCUCUGAAUCAAAGGCGGCAAGGAGAAGCCACCAUGUCGGGGACUCCAGCUCGAGCCUCCGGUCAGUUGGCAGCCGAGGGUUGAACACCAAGACUGAUUCGAGCAAGAAGACAAAUGGCUUUCUUUCCUCCAUGUAUCACAAUAUCCUCGGCAAGGUGGAGACGAUCGUGUCGGAUGUGCAGAAGGGAGUUGACAUCUUCAUGGGGAGGGAUGACGCUCAAGACUUUGAAGAUGCGCUGGAGGGGCCGAGCAUGAGGCUGUUGAAGGUGUACCUAGCAGACGACAAGUCAGAGGACUCGAUGAAGAUGCUCAGCUCUUACUCGAGCCUCGACGACCUCGAACUGAAACAUCAUCGGAGGCCCGAUGGCACGUGCUAUCCUUCCUGUACCAUCUGUGCUAGGGUGCAGAACAAAGAGCUGUUGGCGGAGCACAAGCACUUGCUAGAGAACCUGUGGAGGAGAGAGGAGGAGUUAAGUCGCGGGUUCUUGUCAGACUCAUUCGAGUCUCUGAUCGACGCGAACUCUCCUAGAAACUUCGAGCUGAAUGAGGAGGGAGAAGCGAUGGAAGUAGUAGAGAUGAAGCUCGUCCUCGAUUCCCUGGAAGGUCAAGUGGCGAAGCUCAUGGCCGAGAUGCGUUCCGCUCGCCAGCAUGAAGGAGCGAUGAGCAGCCUCGCGACGAGCGUCAUAGCUAGUGCAGAGAAAGCGACGAGCAAGAAACUCACUUCUGACUCCACGAGUAUGAUGGUGGGAGAAGAUGAAGGGGAGGAGCUCCUUGAGUUGCGAACCACCUCGCACAAAUUCCUCUCUCAACUUCUCAUCCUCCGCAAGAAUCAGCUGGAGGACGUGGAGGCCUCUGACGUGCGGGACGUGCUGAUGAGAGUUCUGCUUGCUUACAAUGAGGUUGAGAAUGCUCAUCGGAGGUUGAAGCAUGUGGAGAACUUGUCGAUCAAGACGGAAACUGAUCUCACCGACAACCUCUCCUUCCUCUCCGGCCUGACGAGAACGUCGCUAGAAGAGGCGAAGAUGAGCACGAGAGAGCUGAAGGAGGUGCAAGACAAGAGCGACGAGCUCAACAAGAGCCUCAUCGAGUCCGGGAAGAGGCUGCAAGCGCUGAGGGGGAGGAUCGAGGUGUACCAGAUGAAGCAUGGGAGCUCGCUACUGAAUGACAAUAUUCACUGGAUGUUCGUCAAGUCGCUCACCUGGGUCUAA